AUCUCUUCCGACCAUCUCUAGGCGAAACCUUUUGGUACAAGAAGGGGAUCCACACUCAUCUCCGCUCUAUCUGUCUAUCUGUCUCGCCGUUGCCACCUUCCGCACCCCUCCUUGGCUUCUUUGCCACUCCGGGAGGGGUGGGAGGAGGAACUGCACUUUCUUUUUGUGCUUGUGAGCGUACCUUUUCCUGCGCCGCCGUUAUCUCUCGCAGCCGCUCCGAACCCGCGCCGAGAUUUUCGUUUAUUUUGUUUUGCUUUUCUUUUUCAGCGUUCGCAUAUUUUCCUUUAUCCUUACUCGAAAGAUGCAGGAGGAGUUAGGAAGCUCAGGGACGAAUGGGGGUUUCGUUUAUCCUUUUUUUUCCUCCCUUCGCCAGUUCUUGAAGGACUAGAAGAAAAACUAAACCAAACAUUCAUUUUCCGACGGCGUCUCUCCCCUCCUCCUGCCCCUCUCUGCCGGACCGGUGAAUUAACAAAACCGCAGGUUAAAACCCCAUCAAGAAAAAAAAAAAAAAAAAAAAAAAGAUAAUAGAGAAGAAAGGAGGGAGCGACGCAUUGUUACCCCGACCCGCGGCGUGCCUGCGCGCCGGGCCGCGGCGGAACAAAGCGGCAGCGCCGCACCGGGCUCCGCGCCCCGGGCUCCGCGUCCGGCCCGGCCCGGCAGCGGCGCGGCCGCCGCUGGAAAAGAGAGGCCGAGGGGACGGGAGACAGGGAAUAAUCCCGAACGGUGCCGGUGCUGUCGCAGCAUCCCUUUUGUUAUUUAUCGCGACCGGGGAAGAGGAGGAAGAAAAGCGGGGGAGACGGCACUUUUCCCCCUGUAAAACCGACUGGGCGCAGCCUCCGGGGCGCUUCAUCCCGCUACCCCGAAUAAACGGGCGGAGGAGGACUUUGAUGGGGGAAACGCUUUUUCCUCCCCUGAUGCAUCGUAAGUAACUUAAGUUGUUAUUCGUACUCCGCAAACAAACACGGUGAUUACAUCUCCUAUCUCUGGAGCGCUGGAGGCCGCGGCAAGGGAUGAGAUCUGCCUUUACCCAUCCGAGCAGGACACUUUUCCGCUCGUAAUUAAUUUGAUUUGAUUUUGAUUUUUUAAUUUUUCCAUGCUCCGCUCCCGGAGGGUCAUUUGAACUGUAAAGGAAUCGCCGAGGGGGCGAGGGGACCUGGAGAGAGAGGCUGUCCAAACGACUCCACCGAGAUGGUGCUCUGUGAGGCCGCAAGAAGAUACGAUUCAAUUUUCUUUUGAAAGGCACGUUCGCGUUUAUUUAUUUAUUUAUUUAGCCUCCCCCCCUUUUCGCGCAGGGAGGGGAGAGGAGGGAAAAUUUAAAAGGAUGGAAAAGUUCUGCCGCAGCUUUGGGGUUUUGUUUCUUUUUGAAUCCCACGCUUAGAAAACCGAGAUUCUCCCAACAUCCCCAUUUGGUAACUGGCAAAUCACUAUAUGCACAAUGAGCAGCAGGAAAAGUAAAAAAAAAAAGAAAACAGGAGUCCAAAGAAAAGAGCGGAGGGGACAGCCCAGCAAAUACAUCAGAUCCCGUAGGGACUGGGGAAAUAAAUCUCCCCACUGGCCUUGUUAUGCAUGAGGAACCUUGAUCUGUGUAUUUAAAAGCAUCAUGUCUGUAGCCUGGAUCCCGUAGAGGGUUACCGAAAGAGAAGUGGUUAAGCAGAAAUUGGUAGGCCAGAAAAGACUCUUAAAAUUCGGGGUGGGGGACGGGAAAUCGACAUAAUAUUGAGCCACUGGAUAUUAGCUUGUUUGAAAAAAAAAUAUAUUCCAUUAUUGCUCUCCGGGCCUGUUCCUACACCCAAGCAAGCGCCCGGAAUAACGGCAGGGAGUAUAUUCCGCUGAAGCUGCCGUCAGACUCUAGAAAGGGAAUGGUUAAAUGAGGGAGCAUCGUUUACCCCGAUAUUCCUCCCAUUAGUACUCCUUGAAGGAGCCGCGACCCGCCCUCCCGCUGCCGGCCCGGCUCUCCCUAAGGCGGUACCGGCGCCGGGGGCAAGGCGCGGGGACCGGCAGGUCCCUUGUGUCCGUGUCCGUGUCCCUGCCCCGUGCCUUGCCCCUGUAUCCCCGGUGUCCUGACCCGCUCUCUCCGCUUUCUCUGUCCCGGGAAGGCUCCUCCGCCCCCUCCAAGAUGAUGCUUAGCCCGGACCAAGCCGCCGACUCUGACCACCCCUCCUCGGCGCCCUCCGACCCGGAGUCCCUGGGCGGCGCGGACGCCCAGGCUCUCAGCUGCUGCGUGUCCGACCCGGAGCCCGCCGAGGGCGGCGGCGGCGGCGGCGAGGGCCGGGGCGGCGGCGGGGGUGUCGGCGGGGAGGGCCGUGGCGGGGGCCGGCCGGGCCUGCACCCGCCGCCGCUGAGCCGGGAGGAGAAGCGGCGGCGGCGCCGCGCCACGGCCAAGUACCGCUCGGCCCACGCCACGCGUGAGCGGAUCCGCGUGGAGGCCUUCAACCUGGCCUUCGCCGAGCUGCGCAAGCUGCUGCCCACCCUGCCCCCCGACAAGAAGCUCUCCAAGAUCGAGAUCCUGCGCCUCGCCAUCUGCUACAUCUCCUAUCUCAACCACGUGCUGGACGUGUAGCGCCCGGCGGGCGCCCGGAGCCCCGGGACACCCCCCGCCCGCCGCCCCGGCUCCGGCCGCGGCGGGCAGCGCCUUCCCCGGGGCGGGCGGCGGGGCGGGGGGGUCCCCACUGCCUGCCCUCCCUCCCCGGGGGUGCUCCCGCCCGGCCGAAAGCCCGCUUUUCGAAGAGAAGUGUAAAACCGGAUUGUUUCUUCAGGCUGUCAAGUGCCCCUUUAUAUAUAUCCAAAAACAUCUACUUGUGACCUUAAACGUGUGACCCAUGGGUGCAGUUAAAAAUAACUAUUUUUUAUUUAUGGUAGAAGGAGUUGACAAUUUAUUUUUUUCAAGAUUUAUUUAUUUUUCAGAGUGGUGGCAAUUUUACUUUGGAUACUUCGUGCCAAUUGGUUUCUAUAGUCGGGUGUUUACACUUUCUUCUGUGGAAUAUUAUGUUUGACUUUAUGAGUGUUUGUUGGGAUCAAUACAGUGGUCAUUUUCUUUUCUUUUUAAUUUAUUUUUUUCCCUCCAAUUAUAUUGCACUUGUGUACUACAAACCUCCCCUCCCCUCCUGUUUAUAAGUAUAUUUUAUAUAUAUCAAGGCAUUUGUUCUUGACCUUUUUUCUUUAUUUUCUUGUGUGGGAUUGACAACCACUAGCACUUAACUAGAAGAGUUUUUUUAAAAGAUUUGUUGUUAUUCUGAUCUAUAGUUCUGUCUGAAAAGUACUUUGCAAAUCGCUUAUAAGGGAAGUAGUUUCUUUGUGAGUGUAUAUGUGUGUGUGUGUAUACAUGCAUGUGUGUGGGAGUGAGCGUGGGCGUGUAUGUGUGUGGUAUAUUUUUAGGAAAGGACAUUUUUUCCUAAAAAAAAAAGAAAAAAAAAAGAAAGAAAAGUAAAUCCAGGACUGCUUUCCUUUGUGACAACCAAAAAAAAAAAAUCUAUAACCUGAAAAUGUUUCAUGUUCUUUGCUGUGAAUCUCUUAAAACAAGAAGCGCAUUCUAGGGACAAAAGAGAAAAAGAAAAAACACAUCUGCUAUCCAAAGAUUUUAGUCUUUUUCAGGGUUUUUUUGUGUGUCUCUGUUGCUUUAUAUAAUGCAAUAUUUUGUAGUGAAAAUAGAUAAAUCUGGUUUCUAUCUGAUGCGUUUUUCAUAUCUCUCAUGAAUGGUGAGCUGUUUUGCAUAUAAAUAAAAGUAUCAAAUAAAAGCUGUUUUUUCCUAA